AUGAAUGACAUAAUUUCACAAGAUAAUCAAAUAAAAUCUAAGAACUUUGUAACAAUUUAUACUAUCCGUAUGUAUUUAAAUGGAUUUAUAAUUGGAUAUGUUUUCAGAAAAGAAAUUUAUAAAAACUUUUAUAUCCAUAAGAAUGAUAAUAUAAUCUUUGAUAUUAUAAAAAAAAACAAAUUUUCAUCAAUUUAUAAUAACUAUAAAAAAUCGACAUAUAUAUCGAAAAUUACUUUACGUUACAAAACAAGAAACUAUUUAUUUAAAAACCUAAAUCUAUAUAAUAAUAAUCAAAAUUAUCAACAUAGCUACAAAACGAUUUUAUUUCAUAAAUUACCCUAUUUGAAAAGAAAUGUUCAUAUCCCCAAUUUUUUUGCCGUUAGAUUAUCAUUUUGGACAUGCAUAUGUUCCACUUUAUGUUGGCAUUUAAACAAGCGGAUAGACAAUAUAGCCAUUUCCUCCACCCUUUCUGGGCUUAUAGCUUCAUCCGUAAAUAAAACAUUUUUUAGAGAAUCCACAAAAGUUUUUAUUCCUAAUUGGUUUGGAUGUAUCAUUAGUUAUGCUAUUUUUAUUUAA